AUGGGAAUUCAACUUCUUCACGGAAAAAACCCCUUCAAAAGUGAUAAAACUAGAAUUGACAUCAAGUGGGAUAAGCCACCCAAUGGCACGAUCAAAUUAAAUAUAGACGGUGCUUUUUCUAGUAACAAUAAGGUAGCUGGCCUUGGUGGAACAUUCAAAAAUAGCAACGGAGACUGGAUUGUGGGUUUUCACAAAGUAAGCCAUGCAAUAUCACCCACACAUGCUGAAUUAAUGGCGUUACAAGAAGGCUUAAAAGUUGCGAAAGAGAUGAACUUCCAAAAUAUGGAAAUUGAAACAUACUGUACGGAAGUCGUAAAGCUUAUAUAUGAGGAUAGCUAUAAUUUUUCUAACAUUGUUAAUGAAUGUAGAUGGUUAAUGCACCAGUUGAAGCCCCCUCCCCCCCCCCUCCUGAAGCAUAAUUUCAGAGAAGGAAAUGCAGUGGCACAUGUGUUGGCCAAGGAAGCUAUUAAGAACCCGUCCUCUACUAAGUGUUUCUACCAUGCUCGUCCACCUUUUUUUGUUGAGCAAGAAGUUUAUUUCUACUUCUGUUUGUUACUAUCGUCUAGCAACUAUGGGCAAUAG